AUGUAAACUUAUCGAAAAGAACUUAAACUCAAAGACAAUUAGCAAGAAUCAAGGUUAUAAUUAAUAUUAUUAGGUGUCCAUACCAAAAUAGAGGGUUCUUAUUAUAAAAAUUCUUUAAGAAUAAAAUAUAUUUUUAAUAUAUAUUAUAAUAAAUAAUUAUUUUCUAUCACUAUGUAUAAUUAAUAAAAUGGAUAUGAAUAAGAAAGAUAUGUCUAAUAGGGCUUCAGGUAAAAUCAAUAAACUUAACCUCAAAUGAGUUCAAGGAUCAAAAUAGUUGAAUAAUAAACAUUCAAUUGUAAUAAAUAAUUUUAAAGUAAUUAAAACAGAUAACAACAUUAAAAUAUUUAAGAGAAUAAGGCUUAAGUAUAAGAAUCUUCAGAGGAAGGUAUUCUAGAAUAAAGAAUUCUUAUCAACACAUUAAAUCUAGACAAUAAAGAACAAAAUACAUUAUUUUCUACAUAAAAUUAUGCUGAUGAUAUAGAUCAAACUGUAACAUUGACAAAAAAUUUUAAUUGUUUUUAUUGUGGAACUCAAAGUUCUUCUGAUAACAUUAUGUUGCCUUGUUAUCAUGAAUAUCAUAAGUUAUGCUUCAGAGAGCUUAUUAAUAUAUAUUUGAGUCAGUAAUCAUGCAAAUUUUAUUGCAAAUGCAAUGUUUUUAUCCCUUACAAGAGCGUAAUUAAAAUUAUGGAGAAUGAUAAAAAAAUGGUUGAUGAACUUUAUCUUAAUUAGUUAGCUUGGCUUAUUCAUUCAGCUCCUUUAUCAAUUCGAAGAACUAUUUAGCAAAAUCCUAAUGACAUUAAGAUUAUAAAGGAGUUUAUUAGAUAAUAACAAAAACAAAAUUCCUAAAAUAAUUAAUGA